CCGCUCCGCUCGCGCCACUUUCGUUGCGACUCGUUAACAAGACACAAGAGUGAAACUCUUCGAUUCUACUUCAUACCCGAAGUUCCUUUUUCUACUUUGUUACAAGACUAAUACUGUUAAACUAGACAAGAUGGCCAAAGCACCCGCAGUUGGUAUUGAUCUUGGAACCACCUACUCGUGCGUCGGUGUGUUUCAACACGGAAAGGUCGAAAUUAUCGCUAACGACCAGGGUAACCGCACUACGCCCAGUUAUGUUGCUUUUACCGACACUGAGCGUCUCAUCGGCGAUGCUGCUAAAAACCAGGUUGCCAUGAACCCAAACAAUACUAUUUUUGAUGCCAAGCGUCUCAUUGGUCGUCGUUUUGACGAUGCUACUGUUCAAGCUGACAUGAAACAUUGGCCCUUCAAUGUUGUCAGUGAUGGUGGCAAACCUAAGAUUCAAGUUCAGUAUAAAGGAGAAACGAAGACCUUCUACCCCGAAGAAGUGAGUUCGAUGGUCCUGGUCAAGAUGAAGGAAACUGCUGAGGCUUACCUUGGUAAGACCGUCACCAGCGCCGUGAUCACCGUUCCCGCUUAUUUCAACGACUCGCAGCGUCAGGCAACCAAGGACGCUGGUACCAUCUCAGGCAUGAACGUUCUGCGUAUCAUCAAUGAACCUACUGCUGCUGCUAUUGCCUAUGGUCUCGACAAGAAAGCCACUGGUGAGCGCAACGUGCUCAUUUUCGAUCUUGGUGGUGGCACCUUUGAUGUUUCCAUUCUGACCAUCGAAGAUGGUAUCUUUGAGGUCAAGUCUACCGCUGGUGAUACUCACUUGGGUGGUGAAGACUUCGACAACCGCAUGGUCAACCACUUUGUGCAGGAGUUCAAACGCAAGUACAAGAAAGAUCUGACCGCCAAUAAGCGUGCCCUCCGUCGUUUGCGCACUAGCUGUGAAAGAGCGAAGCGUACUCUUUCUUCAUCUACUCAAGCCAGCAUUGAGAUCGAUUCUCUCUAUGAGGGUAUUGAUUUCUACACCUCGAUCACCAGAGCUCGUUUUGAAGAGCUCUGUGCUGACUUGUUCCGUGGCACUCUUGAGCCCGUUGAGAAGUCUCUGCGCGACGCCAAGAUGGAUAAGGCUCAGAUUCAUGACAUCGUCCUUGUUGGUGGAUCUACCCGUAUCCCCAAAAUCCAGAAGCUUCUUCAAGACUUCUUCAAUGGCAAGGAACUCAACAAAUCGAUCAAUCCUGAUGAGGCUGUUGCCUAUGGCGCUGCUGUGCAGGCUGCUAUCCUUGCUGGUGACAAGUCUGAAGAAGUUCAGGACUUACUUCUCCUCGAUGUCACUCCUCUAUCUCUUGGUAUUGAAACCGCUGGUGGAGUCAUGACUGCUCUGAUCAAGAGAAAUACCACUAUCCCCACCAAGCAAACUCAGACCUUCACCACUUAUGCUGACAACCAGCCCGGUGUACUUAUUCAAGUCUAUGAAGGAGAACGUGCCAUGACCAAGGAUAACAACCUUCUUGGAAAGUUUGAACUCAGUGGCAUCCCACCUGCACCACGAGGUGUUCCUCAAAUCGAAGUUACCUUCGAUAUUGAUGCCAACGGUAUCUUAAAUGUCUCUGCUGUUGACAAGUCGACUGGCAAGGAAAACAAGAUCACCAUCACCAAUGACAAGGGCCGUUUGAGCAAAGAGGACAUCGAACGCAUGGUCAACGAAGCUGAGAAAUACAGGAGUGAAGAUGAGAAACAGAAGGAAACUAUUUCUGCCAAGAACGGACUUGAAUCUUACUGCUUCAACAUGAAGAGUGCUGUUGAAGAUGACAAAAUCAAAGAUAAGAUCAGUGCUAGCGAGAAACAAACCGUCUUGGACAAAUGCAAUGAGAUCAUCAAAUGGCUUGACGCUAACCAACUUGCCGACAAAGAAGAAUAUGAACACAAACAAAAAGAACUUGAAGGCAUUUGCAAUCCAAUUGUUACUAAGAUGUACCAAGGUGCCGGUGGAAUGCCAGGUGGUAUGCCCGGUGGUAUGCCAGGUGGUUUCCCAGGCGCUGGUGGCGCUCCUGGAGCUGGUGCAGCUGGUGCUGGAGGCGCCGGUGGACCCACCAUCGAGGAAGUCGAUUAAAUCAUUCGCUCCAUUGGUUAUAUGACAAUUCCGGGGAUGAAACAUUCAUUAAACUUUUAAUAUCAAUCUGCAACUUUUUUUUUCAUUGAAAAUAAAAUUCACAUGUCAACAAAAUAA